AACAAGCUUAUCCCCACCCCCUACUGUCGCGAAACGUUACGGUGUUCUCGCCGCGUUUUACGUUAGUCAUUGCAAUGAGGGACAUCACUGCUGUUUUCGUGGUACUUUUUAUUUGAAUGUGUCUUUUACAGACUGACACACUCUGACCGCUCUGGAGGAUGGACCCUGUAGUGCUCAGCUACCAUGACAGCCUGCUGCGGCGCUCUGAUGUCUCCCUACUGGAAGGACCUUACUGGCUUAAUGACCAAGUCAUUGGUUGCUUUGAGUACUUUGCUGCCGAGCGCUUUAGAGUCCUGGGGGAGGCCAUCAUCUUCAUCAGCCCAGAGGUCACCCAGUUCAUCAAGUGUGCUUCCUGCCCGGAUGAGUUGGCUCUGUUUCUAGAGCCGCUGGAUCUUGCUUCUCGUCGCUGGGUCUUCCUAGCUGUAAAUGACAACUCCAACCAGACCGCUGGAGGGUCCCACUGGAGCCUCUUGCUCUACCAUCACAACUCCAACCACUUUGCCCACUAUGACUCUCAGAAUGGCAGCAAUUCACUUCACGCACGGCGUAUCGCCAGCAAGUUAGAGCCUUUCUUGGGCGCAGGGAGGAAGGCGCUGUUCGUCGAGGAGCCCUGCCCAUCCCAGCAGAACAGCUAUGACUGUGGCAUGUAUGUUAUCUGUAUCGCCGAGGCCUUGUGUGAGAAGGCCAGGGUGGAGGGCUCGCCGCGCCUUCCUGUGCAAAUGAUCACCCCAGCCUACAUCACCCAGAAGAGGGCCGAGUGGUGCAGACUGAUCCAGAGCUUAGCUCAGAAUGACCUCUGCUGCUCUCUGUCUUUCCCUUAGCACGUCGAUUGCCCCACACUGUAUGCAGAAAAGCUGUCAGCCCCCACAUAUCUACUGCUGGAGAAUCUGAAUGCACUCCCUCAAUACAGUAUAUAACUAUAUAUGAAAUCUAUUUCUAUUACAGUCUCUGUCAUACUCCAUAAUACACAAAAAAGUUAAAACCAUAAAGCAAUGCUUCAAAUAUUUAAUGAUUUCAGAGAACAGUUGGUGUUGUGUAUAUGCACAGAAACAUAGAGUAUGUAAACAAGAACACCAGCAUGCCUAUAAAACAGAUUUUCUCCUUUGUACAUAUUCAGUGAGGAUGUCAUGUGGAAGAGGAGGCACAGACUUUUCUUUUCUUCUCCAUUUUCUGAGUUUGGAGCGAAUGUAGAAAUGUUUACACAGAUUAUUGCUCAGGGUCAUUUUAAAUGAACUGAAUUGACAAUAAGAAUGUGCACAUGAACUCUGGCUCCUGCUUUAUGUCACAUACUCAUUGUUUUGGUCAGCUUGAACGUGCGUGCUUUUAGUUUUGAGAUCAUUUGAAGAAUUCUUGCUGUAUGAGGGUGCUGAUGUGCUGUGAGUGUUUAUGGGACAAAGGGCAGAGUUGGGUGGUAGAAUGUAUGUUUAUGUUAUGUUCUCAGAGAAAGUAUCCAACUCACAGUUGAGCUAAUAAAUGUGACUCCUGUCACGUUUUUUUGUUGACA